GCAUUAUUCAAGGCAGCCAAGUGUCCGGAAGAGCAACUGGUGCGGGUUUAAUGGACAAGGAAGAGAUAUUUGUUUAGGUUUAGUCUGAAGAUCACGCAUACUCUUCUUUUGUCAAAUAGUCUGGCUCUUUUUAUAUCGUCAGUAUGCCUUUGUUUGCCCAAAAUCCAUUUGACCAAGAUGUCGAGAAGUCAACCAAUGAAAACAACACAACAGAUGACUGGGGGCUCAUUAUGGACAUCUGUGAUAAGAUUGGAACAACACCCAAUGGACCAAAGGACAGCUUGAGAUCCAUUAUGAAGAGAGUCAACCACAAAGUGCCUCAUGUUGCCAUGCAGGCCCUCAAUUUGCUGGGUGCAUGUGUGUCAAACUGCGGCAAAAUAUUCCACUUGGAAAUCUGCUCAAGGGAGUUUGCCAGUGAAGUUCGGAGUGUGCUGGGCAGGGCCCACCCUAAGGUGUGUGAAAAGCUAAAGGCUCUAAUGGUGGAGUGGGCAGAAGACUUCCAGAAGGAUCCACAACUGAGCCUGGUCAGUGCCACCAUCAAGACUCUGAAAGAGGAAGGCAUCACCUUCCCCUCCACAUCCUCACAGGGGUCCACCACUAAGGUCAGCACACCUGCUGUGAGCAAAGUAUCGGAUGAUGACAACCUUGCCAAAGCCAUUGAGCUGUCCUUGCAGGAGCAGAAGCAGCAGGUGGAGACACGGCCCCUGGCCUUGACUUCUGACCCCCCAAACUACACCAACGGUAGUGGGGGGGAGGAGGCCCGGAAGGUGCGGGCGCUGUACGACUUUGAAGCGGCUGAAGAUAAUGAGCUGACCUUCAAAGCUGGGGAACUUAUUCUGGUUUUGGAUGACAGUGAUCCCAACUGGUGGAAAGGAGAGAACCACAGAGGAGUGGGACUUUUUCCUUCCAACUUUGUCACAAAUAAUUUGAAUGCUGAGCCAGAGACAGUGGCUUUUGUUGAAAGGCCAACCAGUCCUGAAGAGACAAGCCUGGAAACCAAAGUUGAGCCUGAGCCCGUCUUCAUUGACGAGGGCAAGAUGGACAGAACACAGGCGCUGCUGCAGAAUGCAGAUCCUGCAGAUCCGGCUCCUGACUCUGCAGAGCUGAUCCAGCUGGAGGGUGCAUGUGAACAGAUGAACCCGAUGAUUGAUGAGAAGCUACAGGAGAUUGACAGGAAACACUCAGAGUUGUCGGAGCUAAAUUUGAAAGUUAUGGAGGCCCUGGAGCUUUACAACAAGCUAAUGAACGAGGCUCCAAUCUACUCGGCCUACUCCAAGAUGCAGACACAGUAUGCUCCAGCCGGCUCAGCUGUAGCCAUGCAGGGCUACCUUGGUCCGGCUGGUGGUCCCUACCUUCCUCCAGUGAUGCCCCAGGUUCCACCUGCUCAGCCCUACGCUCUGCCCAGCGACCAGCCCGGACAGCUCCACUCACUGCCCCCCGGCGUCUCAGCCCCACCCAACAGCCAAGCUCAGCCUCCCUACAUGAGCAGUGGUAUGAACGCUCAGUACAUGAACCAAGCUCCUGGAGCUCCUUACCCACACAUGGACUGUCGACCUAUCACAACUCCAGCAUGCCGCCUGUUGUCCUAUCCUGUGGCUCCUCCUCCUCACCAGUUUCCGCAGCAGCAGCAGGCGGCAUAUUACCACACCUUUGCUGUAAACCUAAUUCUGACCGCAGACCUGAGCUACUACAUGUGAGGCUAAACAGGGCGCCUGGAGUUUUCUCCUGUUCGUCACUGCUUUCCCCCUGGCUGACAGUGAACACGGUGCUGGUCUUCACACAUGUCACAGGUCAACAAAGAAGAAGAGUUGGGUUUGCCCAGCAACACAGGACCAUGUAAUGAGCAGUCGAUUUUUACAUUUCAUAGUUCAUUACAGUGCUACUCCCAAACAUUGCUUUUUUCUGAAUUGGCCCCCUUCAAAGAAUUCACCCAACAUGUGCUCUUCUGAGGUAAACAUUUAUGAGAAAACAUAAUGAGAAAACAUUUUUUGUUCAUAUGGGCAAUGUGGCGAAAGUAAUCCCUCUGUCAAUGUCUGUACUGGAUAUGUUUAGGCACAGUACAGCCCAUAAAGCAUAAUACACAAUCAAUUUAAUAACAUGCGCAAGUCGGGAUUGAAUAGAUUAAAAUAGCAGCUCUGCAUGUAAAAUGCAAGUACAAGGUGAGCCUUUACGCAAGCCUUUGCACAGCUGGUUUAGACGGCUGUAUUGAUCAAAACUUAGAAAGCAUAUCUGUUCUGGCAGGUGCUUGUGAGACAGAUUACUGAGAAACGCUGGCCGAAACGUUUCCAUCUCGCAGCUGCUUGCUAGUGUGGAUUGAACACCAUGUGACACCAAAAAGGCAUCUUCAAAUAUAUCUAUGCAUUAAUGUCAACAUGGCCUAAAUGUUUUGUUUUUCUCAUAGUUAUUAAUGACCAUUAAGUCUGUAGGUGAAUUCAUCUGAAGGCAGGUACAGUUUAUUCUGAUCAUCCCUUUGUCAUUUACCGCAGUUUGCACUGAAGGAUUGAAACACUCUGGUUGGGUGUGGGAGUCUGUUUCUGCAAAGUCAGCUCAUAUUAAAGGCACAAGCUCCGUUUUUUUUGUCUUCUCACCAGCAUUCAUCACUUUAGCUCAUCUGUUUUCUGAAGAGAGGUGCACACUAUAUUUUCAACUAUCAAACAAUGUUAACAGUUAUAUUUGUGUAAAUGGUUAAAAACAAUACUUCUCCCUAAACUCGCUGCCUUGUAAUGCAUUCUGUGGUUGCUUUUGCGAUAUUUAAGAUGACAUUUUCUCUGUGUGUGUGUGUGCACAUAUUUGUAAGUUGUUGUUUUUUUUUUUACAUGUUUGUAUGUGUUUGAGGGCUUACCUAUAAUUCAUCUUUGUAAAAUUACACCGAUUUUUCACAAGGCUCAGAUUUUAGGGUGAACUGAGAAAUAGUUAGAUCUCUUUGUGUGUUUUUUAAUCUUGUGAAAUGCUGCAUCUGUUCAUAAUGAUAACAUCUGUACCCUGCUGCCUCUCAUCUUUAUCUGUGGGGUGUCUUCCAUAUUGCGGAAACCUGUUAGAAGUCCAUGUUUUAUGCAAAUGCACGAUACUGAGGUUUAUCAUGUCUAUAUACUUCAAUUUCAAAAUUGUCUUUGGCCUUGCUUGUACUUUGAUUUAUAUAUAUAUAUAGAGACGUUAUACAUGUAUAAUUUACAUGGCUGGAGAAUUUGUAAUUAUUCUUAGUUUUGCUUCUAAUUUUACCUUUUUUUUCCAGAUAUGAUGAAACAAUUAGUUACUGUUAAUAAGAAGAAAGGAAAGUAAGAUAUCAUGUUUCAAAUCUUCUCUUGUUUUGUUUGUGUUUUGGGGGUGAAAAUCAAGGAGCAGCUUUCAUAGAAUCCACAGUCAUGUUGCAGUAGCUCCGUAGUUAUAAUUCUAGCCAGAACUGUCUAUUUUAUUUAUGGCCUCAUAUUAAAGGCAUUGUAUAUUAGAUGUAAAAUACCUGGUUUUGUUGGUUGCAUUGCCAUUGCACCUUAGCUUUGUAAACAUUUAUUUACCACUGGAUGCCUUGUUUUUUCUGUAGAAAUCAAAGAAUGACACAGACACAACUUUGGCGACUAACUUCAGUCUCAGAAUCCGCUAUGUAUAAUUCUGUAUAUUUAAAAUAUUCCAGGAAAAGUUCCUUUUAUGUAGGAUUUUAAGACUGCUUUUUUAACAGAGCAAACAUAGUAUUCUUUGAAAUAAAAAGAAAUGUACCUGUG